CCCACCCUGUUUUUUUGUCUCAAGUCAAAACCUGAAGAAACUUUAUGAAUCGACAUUGAGAAAUAAAGUGACAAUGAGCGAGGGACGGGGCUGCGCGUCAAACCCACUGGAUUAACACACACACACACACACACAGAUCUGCUGGGGACAUUCUUCUACAUGUUCGAUUCCCUGUGAUGUGACUGGAACCAUGACGAUGGGUGAAAACGAGAUUCUGGAGAUGGACUCGCUGUCUGACACGGAGGAGCCGGACGGAGACCCGGAGUUUGGCAUGAUAGAGGAGGACAUCGUUUAUCCUGAGGAGUUUUUACCAACCUAUCAUUCGAUUAAAGAAGGAUCCAGAGUCACCAAAACACAACUGACGGAGUUCAACGACAAACCCGACUCCUUGUUCUUCAACGAUGGCGUGCGGCGCAUCGAUUUCAUCCUGGUGUACGAGGACGAGGACAAGAAGGAGUUCGAGAAGAGGCACACGUUCCAGAGACGCAAGAGGCGACGGGAGUACUUUGAGGCCAGCUUGAUGAAGAUGGGGGUGGCGCUGGAGGCCACACGUUCUGUCAUAGAUGAGAAACUGACGUUCAUCAAGGUCCACAUGCCGUGGGACGUGCUGUGCACCUACGCCGAGGUCCUGCACAUCAAGCUGCCCAUCCAGCCCAACGACCUGUCCUCCCACCCCUCGCCGUGGCGCUUCUUCUCCUUCAUCACCAAGCACUUCUACCCCAACGAGGAGCUGAUCAGCCAGGAGACGGAGUUCUUCACGGCCCCGUUCGAGAAAGACCGCCUGGAGUAUUUCUACAUAAAGGACCAAGACGUCUUCUUCACUCCGUCCAUGAGGAGCAGGAUGGCGUAUUACAUCCUGAGUCGAGCUCCCUAUGAAAUACGAGGAAAUAUAAAGAAGUUCGGCAUCAGCAAACUGUUGGAUGGUGGCGUGUACAAAGCUGCGUAUCCCCUCCAUGACUCCAGGUUCAACGUCAAGUCCACAGAGCAGGGCUGCCCCAACGAGAGAUAUCUGCUCUAUAAAGAGUGGGCUAAUCCCAAAAGCUUCUACAAGAUGCAGCCACUCGACCUGAUCAGGAAGUAUUACGGAGAGAAGAUUGGUAUUUACUUUGCCUGGUUGGGUUUCUACACGAUCAUGCUCGCUCUGGCUGCUGUCGUGGGACUGGGCUGUUUCGUCUUUGGAUACAAGACUCAAGAAUCCAGCACCUGGAGUAAAGAGGUGUGCGACCCUGCGAUUGGAGGAAACAUAGUGAUGUGUCCACAGUGCGACAGGUUCUGCAACUACUGGAGGUUAAACUCCACGUGUGAAGCUUCAAAAAAACUGUCUAUAUUUGAUAACUUUGGGACCCUGGUGUUUGCAGUUUUCAUGUCGAUCUGGGUGACGUUAUUCCUGGAGUUUUGGAAGCGUUACCAGGCGGAGCUGGAAUACCAGUGGGACACUGUGGAGUUUCUGGAGCAGGAGCAGCCGGCUCGCCCCGAGUACGAGGCCAAGUGUAUCUAUGAGAGGAAAAAUCCUGUCACAGGGGUGAAAGAAAAAGUUCCCUAUACGGCCUGUGGACGAUGUGUUCGGGUGUCGAUAGGAAUCGGGACAGUUCUAUUCUGGAUUCUGUUGAUCCUGGCGUCCAUUGCGGCCAUCAUCGUGUACCGCCUGGCCGUCUUCUUCACCUUCUCCAGCAAAUUCAGAAACCAGGACAUGAAGGAGCUGGAGCCGCUGAAGGAGUACGUGACGCCUCAGAUGGCCACGUCCGUCACAGCCUCGCUCAUCAGCUUUGUCGUCAUCAUGAUCCUCAAUAUUCUCUAUGAGCGCGUCGCCAUCUGGAUCACUAACUUCGAACUCCCUCGGACCAAGACGGAUUACGAGAACAGCUUAACCCUGAAGAUGUUCCUCUUUCAGUUUGUCAACUACUACUCCUCGUGUUUCUACAUCGCCUUCGCCAAAGGGAAACACGUCAGCUAUCCCGGAAAGCCUGUUUAUCUUCUGGGAGAGUACAGGAACGAGGAGUGUGACCCGGGCGGUUGUUUGAUUGAGCUGACGACUCAGCUCUCCAUCAUCAUGAGCGGGAAAGCCAUCUGGAACAACAUCCAGGAAGUCCUGAUGCCGUGGGUGAAGAAUUUGAUUUCCCGGUACUGCACCCGUGUGGCCUCAGAGAAGGUGGUUCCUCGCUGGGAGCAGGACUACCAGCUCCAGGCCAUGCCAAAGCUCGGACUCUUCCAUGAAUAUCUUGAAAUGGUCAUCCAGUUUGGCUUCGUGACCUUGUUCGUGGCGUCCUUCCCUCUGGCUCCGGUCCUGGCUCUGGUCAACAACCUGUUUGAGAUCCGGGUCGACGCCUGGAAAAUCACCACGCAGUUUCGCCGCAUCAUGCCGGAGAAGGCCCAGGAUAUAGGAGCCUGGCAGCCAAUUCUUCAGGGUAUCGCCAUCUUGGCUGUCGCAACGAAUGCCAUGAUCAUCGCCUUCACGUCAGACAUGAUUCCUCGCCUGGUCUACUACUGGUCCUUCUCUGUGUACCCGUACGGAGAUCACUUUAACAACACCAUGGAGGGCUACAUCAACAGCUCGCUGUCCAUAUUCAACACCAGCGAUUUCUCCAGCUUAAGCAGACCCAUCGCAGAGAACAGCUCCACCAUCACCACCUGCAGGUAUCGUGAUUUCCGUUAUCCUCCGGGCCACAACAGACAGUACGAGUACAACAUCUACUACUGGCAUGUGAUCGCAGCAAAAAUGGCUUUUAUAAUUGUUCUAGAGCACAUUGUUUACCUCACCAAGUUCAUCCUGUCCUACGUGAUCCCGGACAUCCCGUACGCUGUCAAAGAGCAGAUCAAACGAGAGAAGUACCUGACGCAGGUCAUCCUGCACGAGACCAACCUGAAGCUGGUGACCAAGCGUUUGAAACCGCCCAGCGACGACGCUCUCAAGCCAACAGUCACCAAAGGGGAUAAGGAGGAGCUCGAACUGGAUUUUUGACGUUACUGCUCGGCAAGACCUUUAAAUAAGGAACGUACUUUUGUCCCGGAACAUGUGCCGCAGCCAGUAGGACAGAGGAUGUUUUUUUUAAGGGGCUGUUGGACAAUAAGGAGAAACCACUGGGAUUGUCUGCUCUUCAUCUCUAAACCACUGUCUCACAUUUCGGACUCCAGUUUCAUCCACGGCACCUUCUUCUGAAACGUGUUAAAGUUUUAAACAAUGUGUUUGAAAGCUGUGGAAGUCGGUCGACCCACUGCAACGCUGUCCUAAAAUAUCAGUAUUAAUUUACACAAAACACGUUAAACCUUUGAAAACAAUGUUGAAAAUCCACUUGUUUUACAUUAAUGUCCCUGUAGCUAGAACAAAAUUGCUGUAGUGAUUUUUCGGGAAAAGUCCAAGGGCCCAAACUGACACCCGGCGCUAAGCAACGGCGAGCGUCUUUAAUGGCUUUUGUUGUCCAAUGCAGUUGUCACUUUCCCAUCCAGUGCCCAUGCUGUUUCAUGGAGAAUGCACUUGCACCAAUCUGAGCGUUUUCAGGUGCAGUGUUGGUGCAUUGAAGCAGUGGAAAGUGAUUAUGCUUUUCGCACAUAAAAACCUGGUCUGAAGUCAGUGGUGCAGUUUUUCUCUGUUAUUUUAAGGGCUCAUUAUCAAGUGGUUUGAAGUGCUUUGAUGAUGUGAGGGAAGUCGGACUCUUUAUCCACAGGCUCACUUCUACUGUUCUGUCUAGCACUUGUCCCAGUCUUGUGCCGUGACCACUACGCUGCACCACAAGAUUACGGAAACAGUUCAUUUUAGAUCCUUUAUUGAACAAAACUUUCUGAGAAGCAAAUCGAGAUUUUGUGCCUGUAUCAAUCUAAGCCUUGACAAUCUGCUGGACUGUCUAUUCGUCUAUAACUCCGCUUGCCGUCCUCGCUCUGAAAUUACGCCACUGCAGUGAUUCAACCUUCUCCUGUGUCAUUGCUGAUUUCUUAAGACCGUUACCACUGCUGUGCUACUUUCUGGCCUUUAGAUUUGAACAAUGCUACUAUAAACACCAUGUAUGUAAACAGUAUCAUAUACCUGCAAUACAGUAUCUGACGAUGCAUAUGUCUGUUGUUUUAGUGUUUUAUACUGUGCCAAUAAAUUGUUUUAUAAAAAGUU